AUGGUUGUUGCAUUUUGCGAUAUCGGAAACUGGCACUGGAGUAAUUCCGAUUGUACGUUGAGAAGAAACGAAGAAGAUAUUCUCGUCAUGCGCUACGGCGACGAGGUCGGAAAUUUGAGAUCCGAGCAGCCCAGCGGUCUGAGCACGGGUGGCGUAAGGCUGGAACUAAGCAAGGCUCUCGAUCUCUGGGCCCGAAAUUCCAGACUCACGUUCCAAGAGAUCAACAGCGAUCGCGCCGACAUCUUGGUAUACUUUCAUCGAGGUUAUCACGGAGAUGGAUAUCCGUUCGAUGGCAGAGGUCAGAUCCUGGCGCACGCGUUCUUCCCGGGCAGGGAUCGCGGCGGGGACGCUCACUUCGACGAGGAGGAGAUAUGGUUGCUCGAGAACGACAGCAACGAAGAAGGAACCAGUCUGUUUGCGGUGGCCGCUCAUGAAUUCGGCCAUUCCCUGGGACUGGCGCACAGCUCGGUUCAGGGUGCUCUUAUGUACCCUUGGUAUCAGGGACUGAGCCCCAACUACGAGCUACCGGAAGACGACCGGCACGGAAUUCAGCAGAUGUACGGCGCUCCCGAAGGCAAACUAUGGGGAAAUAUACCGGGUGGAUCGCCACCGGAGCGACCGCCAGCGCCAACUACGACGACAACGACAACAACAACCUACAGACCCUGGAGAACGAGGCCCACCAGGCCCAAUCAUUAUCCGGACGACGGCAGACAGCCAAAUCGUUAUCCACUGAAACCCGACUAUCGACCUCACAAACCUCAUCGACAUCACACAACGUGGUCAACGACGACGACGACGACGACGACGACAAUGAGACCCACACCGAGGAUCAGGCAUCGGUGGACUCCGUCACAGAGGGACAUCAUUCCCGACAAAUGCGACACCAGCUACGAUGCCAUCAGCAUCAUCCGUAGGGAAGUCUUUGUCUUCAAAGGACGGUUUUUCUGGCGAAUAGGCGAUCAAGGUAUCUACGAAGGAUAUCCGGUGGAAGUCAAUAGGCUGUUCCCCGAUCUGCCGUCGGGCAUCGACCAUAUCGAUGCUGUGUACGAACGACCAGAUAAGAAGAUUGUGUUCUUCAUUGGUCGUCAAUAUUAUGUUUUCAAUGCCAAUAAAUUAGAGGCGGGUUACCCGAAGCCACUGACAACUCUGGGAUUGCCGGCCUCUCUGGAGAAGAUCGACGGCGCCAUGGUGUGGGGUCACAACGGCAGAACUUACUUCUUCAGCGGUUCCAUGUACUGGAGGUUCGACGAAUCUGUUAAUUAUGUGGAACUCGAUUAUCCCAGAGACAUGAGCAUGUUUGCUGGCGUCGGGAAUGACAUCGACGCCGUUUUCCAAUGGAAAAAUGGUAAAACGUACUUCUUUAAAGGAAAGGGUUUCUGGGAGUUUGACGAUCUCAGGAUGAGGGUAGCGCACGAGAAACAGAAGCUCUCGGCACCAGUUUGGAUGGGUUGUCCGCCGCCAGAAGUUGAAACUAAUGAUAUCGAAACUAACCUGCCUAGGAAGUCGAGAAUCAUCUCGGCUUCUGCCGCUGCGGCUGCGGGAAAACUUGUACCGAUACUUGCGUUGGUUGCCGCAAGUCUUAUCGCAAGAAUAAUAUUACCACUGUAACGUGUGUGGCUUUUCAAGCUGACAUUGCGCGACGGAGAACAUUUUGUACGUACCUUACGAGGUGAUUUCGCACGCGAAACGCGAAUGUUGAAAAAAUCAAUUGGAUUGUUGAGAAGGGAAUAUUCAACAAGUCGAUGAACACUGGAGAAAGAGAACGAAAAGCUGUUUGCGUCUCUAUCGAAGCAUGACAAGGACAGCACGCAUUCAUAUUCGAAUUGACUUCCAUGUCGAUUCUUCCGAUGGAAAAAUUGCAAUUACAGUUUGAGGAGAAUAAUAUCGAUCUAAGUUACGCAUUUCCUAUUUUUCUCUUUCUCUGCUCUACUUUUACCUCUCAAACUACAAAAAUGUAUUAAAAUAAAAGUUAAACAAAAAUAUAUACACAUAUAAAACGUCAUCUUUUCUUGCGAGAAAAUGUGUUACUUAGAUCCGUAUUAUCGACGCAGCAUUUCUCAAAAAAUAUUUUUGUACACUGUCGUUUUACAUGACUGCAUUUAUGUAUAAAAUAAUUAACUUAAAAUGUAAUUUAUAUUGUAUAAUGAACGAAUCUUCGAAAGUUCGAAGGAGGAAGAGAGAUCCUUUUUCAGGAAUUUUGCAGACAAUCUCUCAAAUUAUAAAAUUAUCACUGCCAAAAGCUCCAUCCAGUAGUUUAUUAUAUAUAUUUUUACAACAAUUUUGAAAUUGAUAUACAGAGAUUUUUAAUCCUUUCAAAGAACCAACAUACAACUCACCAUCGACGCGAGAAGAACUUCGUAAUUGUCUUUCUGUAAAUCAAACGAUUAUCAUUCGGAAUCAAGUCGACAAUCUUCAAUAAGCGGUAAGAUAAAAUCGAUUCCGAUUUUUAUAUAGAGAGUACGUAAUUUUAUAUAAAUAUGUUAAUUAUAUAUUAAUAUAUAUAUCCUCCUUCACACACAUAAUUUAGAAGAAAAGGACACCAGCAAAACGCAAGUGUCGCCAGUUUUAUAAACUGUGAUAUUUAUAUACCGCGCGCGAUCAGAAAAGAAGUAGCUAGUAAUGUCAAAGAAAUAGCGCAAAUGAAUUUAAAAUGCCGAAUGUGAUGUAUUUAGUUUUGAAGUCCUUGCAUAAAUUUUGCAAACGUUCAAAAUUAAUUCGCGAAAUCUCCGAGUUUUCUCGAUCGCAAACGUUUUUUAAGUUGCGCGUGAUUAAAGCUCCUCGGAAAAUAUCUUGCGAUCUUAUGACAGCACAAACGAGGAAACAUCGACGAAGUUCCGUGGUUUUUGUUUAAAAAUAAACAAACAUUUCUGUACAAACGCACGUAGAAUCAAUACAUUUUGUAUACACAUUGUAAAAUAUAUCGGACAGUUUUCUUUUUGUUUAACACAAAGCUGUAUCAGCAACAUUGACUCGAAAGCUUUUGCAGCGUGUUACACGCUAGUAUGAUUUUUUUUAUCGAGUCAAAAGAAAACCGUCCGGUAUAUUUUACGGAGUAAACUCUAUUGAUUCCGCGUGCGUUUAUACAAAUUCUGUUAUUCUUUUAUUUUCACAAAACGUACGCAAAACUUUGACGAUUUUUUUGUAAAAGUCAAGAUAAUCGCGAGCUAUCGAGAAACUUUAAUCGAGAGACACUUAUUUAUUUUCACUAUACAUAUAUAUAGACAAAAAAUAUAUUUUACAUACAAUAAAACAAUUGAUUUAUUAUAGCUAAAUGUCUACAAAGAAAUGACCAACAUUCUCUUUGAUUAAUUUUGAAAUACGCUUGCAAAAUGCAUUUAAGUGGUUUUGACAAAAUACAUGUUAUUAUAUAUACAUAGUAUGAUUAUGUCGUGCGUGUCGCAGAAUGCAUUAUGUGUCCGUGAAGCGCGCAGCAAAGUUAAACACGAAUAAUAUACAUAAUAUUAUAUUUCUGUUAUUAACGAGACAACUCGACGGUUUUGUUUUUUCUAUUUUCCGGUUUUUCCGGCUGCGUAUAUCUGUUACAGAGUAAAGAAAACCGCAUCAGGAUAUGUACGUCUCGCUCGUUCGUCCGGUCGAAAGGACAGGGCGAGAAUUUCUCUUUUGUUUGUAUCGAACUUAAGGGGAAAUUAGCGUGUAAUAUGCUGCUGAUUAUAUGCUAUACAACAUAUUUUAUCGCAACAUCGUGCUUUAUAUAUAUAUGUAUAUAUGGAAAAAUAAAGAAUGAUUUUACCCA